AUGUCCACUAAUUCAUCAGAACCACUAGUUCCAAACACUAUAAGAUCUCCUGUUAGACAUUCAUUCAAUGAUUUCCUUUACACAGAGAUCUACAUUGGCACACCUCAGAAAGCCAACUUUCACAUUGACACCGGUAGCUCUAUGACAUGGGUUCAGGGGAAAGAAUGCCAAACAUGUUUUCUGGUGUCAAUACCUAACUUCGACGGCAAGCAAUCGACCACAUGCCGAGCCAUGCUUGCUAAUAACCCACUCUGUGUUCUUCCAGCCACGGGGCUUGUUCCUAUUUCUAGGAGUAUGCUGAUGGCCCUACCAGAGUCUGAGGGUCUAUUUGGACUUGAGAAAUUUACUUUAUUAUCUAAUCAAGGGCAACAAGCGAUCCCAAAUGUGCCAUAUGGGUUAGGACUUGACAACAAUGUAAACUUCAAUGACCGUUACCAUGGCCAGCCUAAUCCAAUAUCAGAGUCUAUGGGGCUAGGGGGGAGUCAACCCACCAAUAUUCUGCAACAACUAAACCAAAUCACCCUUCAAAGAUUCUCCUACUGCCUUCCACCACAAUUUGAGUCCCAGCCAUCCUUGUUACAUUUGGGUAACGAUGCUGAAAUUCGAGGCGGUACCAAUGUGUUUGCCACACCAAUUUUGGGCGCUCCAAAUGACCAUUAUUAUGUGAGAUAA